AUGCGUCCGGACUCCGUCCCCAUUCAGCGUUUGUAUGACGUCUGUCUCUCUUGCCCCGCCAAGGAGACCGGAUGGCUCGAUUGGGGACAUAGCUACGGCGGGCUUAUGAACCGCCUCCCGACCGAGGGAUACCCGUGGGAAGACGUGCACAUCGCGGGCUACAUUCGCCGGUACCUCGGGGUGACCGACUCGCCCUUGUCGCUGUUGAUCGGCGAGCCGGUGGAUAUCCCCGAGAUCCAGACGGCUCUUGCAGAGUCGCAGGUCAAGCGGGCGGACUACGCCGCUCUCGCCAUAGCCCCGGCACCGGACGACACGUCCGAUUGCUUCCAGCGAUUACCCCAGGAAGUCCUGGAGGACAUCAGAGUCCUCCUCCCGCUGUCGGACGUUGCCAGCGCACGCUUAGCCUCGCGGUCGUUCGCGAGAUUACCAUUUACGCAGGCAUUCUGGGCGUCGAGGUUCGCGCAUGCCCACGAACGCGGGUAUUGCCUGGAGGCGAGGGACCCCCGGUGCAGCAGUCUCGCCGUCCAGCGCACUCGCGACUGGAGGAUGCUCUACGAACUGACGGCCGUCACGCCGUCGUCCUCGCAGCAGCUCAAGAACAGGAAGCGCAUCUGGAGCUACCUGAAAGAUAUAGUCAGCCUGCUUCUCGAGCCUCCUCUCCCCAACGAGAACAUGACAAGGGAGCUCGAUACUUCGCCGCUAGAUCCGGGAGAGUCGUGGCGCUCUGUCGGUGGUGAUUUUAUAGCUCGGCCUGCAAACAGCUUCCCGCGCAAGCUGAAAUGCAGAGCGAUAUACGCGCAAAUUGCAAACAUUCCCAAACCGAUACACUCCGUCAGCGUGUCGUUCCAGACUCUCAGCGACAGACCGUACGUCUCCGGUCUGCGCUUCACUACUCCAACCGGCGAGCCCACAAAUAUCGGCUUCGUCCUCCCGCAGAAGGAGAAGUCCUUCGCCUUCCACUACGGCCCCUCCACGAUAACAGGCUUCAUCGUAGCCGCCGCGCCCCGCGGCAUCACAGCCCUCCGCAUAGUCAGCGCUCAAGGCGAGAUAUCCCCCUGGAUCGGCUCCGCCGACGGCCUGCCUCAAACAAUCCGCCUAUGCACAAAGACAGCAAUUCACACCAUAAAAGCACACUUUGACGGCUUCAAACUCGUCUCCCUAUCCAUCCCCUCCAAUCUCCCCCCACAACCCGAAACCACACCCCUCCCGCUCCGCACCACAGCCCUCUGGUACCCCAGCAUCCCACCCGCAACUCAACACCUCUACGACGCCUCGUUCCCUGGCCGCCAGUUCCCGGACCACGAAUACCGCCCACUGGUGCGGGUCAUGUUCGGCGGCGACCGCGGCGCCCUGCUGCCGUACCUGACCCGGCUGGAGGUGACGGUGUGCAACGCCGCGAUCGUGGGGGUGGACUUCAUCUACGCGGCGGACGCCCCCGUGCAGCGUGUCCAGGCGUGUCCGUCCACCGCAUCCGCAGACAACUCCGUCAAGAUCCCGUUUGCGAUCGAUGGGCCCGGUGGGGAGCGGUUGACUGGGUUUCAGGCGGAGGGGAGCGUGAAUGGGUAUGCCGGGGGAGUGUCGCGGGCUGGCUCGUGUUGGAUUUCUUCGUUGAAGGUGCGUCGCGUCGCCGUCUUUGUGCCAUGGGCUAGGUCGGUCACAGGGCAAGAAAUUGACGCUCCCAUUGUCUAG